GCUGCAUCAGGGAGGAGGGGAGUAAUUACGUGGGCUGGUUCAGCAAACCCUCUUCACUGGCACUUCAGAGCCCAUUUCAUAUGAACUCUGGUCCACCAGGAAUCUACCUUCCGUCCCCACCAAGGAGCGAGGGGGGGAGAGAGAGGGGCUUCGAUGAUUAAUUAAUUAACAAGAGGAGAAGAAAGGGAAAGAAAGGCGAUGCCCUCGCUAGGGCGAAAGAAGAGGGAGGAGAUAUAGAGAGAGAGAGAGAAAGAGCUAUUAUACAUUUCUUUUUUCUUCUCCGUCGUACCAGACUGUUGUCUCCGCCCUCAUCUGGUCGAAACCCUCGUCCGAUGGCGGAAUCCAGAAGCGGCCCCUUCGUGAUUCCAUUGAGGAGCUGUCCCGACCGUUGAUCUCCCUACGAUCUCCGUCGGAUCGUUUAUGCCGGUGGGCUCCUGUGCCGAUCUUGACGGAAUUCUGGUGGGAGGAUGAACAGGAAUGGAGCGGAGGAGGCCGGGCGGCCCUCGGCGUCCCCCCCCCCGCCCUUGGAAUGGAAAUUCUCGCAGGUCUUCGGCGAACGGACAGCCGGAGAGGAGGUCCAAGAAGUUGAUAUUAUAUCAGCAAUAGAAUUUGAUAAAUCCGGAGAUCAUCUUGCUACUGGAGAUCGAGGAGGGCGCGUGGUUCUAUUUGAAAGGACAGAUGUUAGGGAUCAUGGAUCUCGAAGGGAUCUUGAGAGGCAAGAUUAUCCAAUUAGCAGGCAUCCUGAGUUUCGCUACAAAACAGAGUUUCAAAGCCACGAACCUGAGUUUGACUAUCUUAAAAGCUUGGAAAUAGAAGAGAAGAUCAACAAGAUUAGGUGGUGCCAAACGGUCAAUGGUGCUCUUUUUCUUCUUUCUACUAACGACAAGACAAUUAAAUUCUGGAAGGUCCAGGAAAAGAAGGUGAAAAGAAUUUCUGAGAUGCAUAUGGAUGCUUCGCAACCUUUAGGAAAUGGUAGCAUUGCUAGCUCAAGUUCAGCUAGUUCCAGAGUGUUUCUUCCAAAUGGUGGAUGUUCUGAAAGCCCCUGCAGCUAUCUGAGUAGUGACUUCUCAUUCCCUCCUGGAGGGUUUCCAUCGCUACAUUUGCCUGUGGUAGUGACGAGCCAAGAGGCAAGCCUUGUUGCCAGAUGUCGAAGGGUAUAUGCUCAUGCUCACGAUUAUCACAUCAACUCUAUUUCAAAUAACAGUGAUGGUGAGACAUUUAUAUCAGCAGAUGAUCUGCGCAUAAAUCUUUGGAAUUUGGAAAUUAGCAACCAGAGUUUUAACAUUGUUGAUGUGAAGCCUGCAAAUAUGGAGGACCUAACUGAGGUGAUAACAUCUGCUGAGUUCCAUCCAACACAUUGUAACAUGCUAGCAUACAGUAGUUCAAAGGGUUCAAUUCGGCUCAUUGAUUUGCGACAGUCGGCAUUAUGUGAUAAGCAUUCUAAGUUGUUUGAGGAACAUGCAGAACCUAGUCCAAGGUCCGUAUUUACCGAUAUUGUUGCCUCAGUUUCAGAUAUAAAAUUUGCAAAGGAUGGAAGGCACAUCCUUAGUCGUGAUUAUAUGACUCUUAAGCUAUGGGAUAUAAAUAUGGAUUCAGGCCCUGUUGCAACUUUCCAGGUCCAUGAAUAUUUAAGGCCAAAGUUGUGUGAUUUAUACGAGAAUGACUCAAUUUUCGACAAAUUUGAGUGCUGCUGGAGUGGAGAUGGACUGUGGGUAGCCACUGGUUCUUAUAGCAAUCUAUUUCGUAUAUUUGGCUGUGUUCCUGGGAGCACUGAAGCAACAACUUUGGAAGCUAGUAGAAAUCCAAUGAGGCGACAAGUUCUAAACCCUGCAAGGCCUGCAAGAUCUCUGGGCAGUUUGACACGUGUUGUCAGAAGAGGAGAAACCCCAGGAGUUGAUGCCAAUGGAAACUCAUAUGAUUUCACAACCAAGUUGCUCCAUUUAGCGUGGCACCCAACUGAAAAUUCAAUUGCCUGUGCUGCUGCAAAUAGCUUGUAUAUGUAUUAUGCAUGAAGAUGGCCCAAGAAAGGGAUGAUCUUGUUAGAUUAUUUUUUUUUUUUAAAUUUUUGGUUUGCUUCUCGUGAAGGCAUUUGAGCUUUCACAUGCAACCAGCAAGAAGGUGCGGGAGGGUGUGCCAUUGCCAUUGAUCAACACGUUUGUUUCAUACCGGGGCCAGAAGAGGCUGUCCGGAUCCAUGAGGAAGCUUUGUUCUGAUUCUUUUAGGGUAAAGAUCAACAUCUUUAAUCACCAAUUGCUUUCUAGAUCCCAUGAUGUGAUUGUCUCUCUCCUACAACUAAUACAAAAAGGCAGUUUCAGGGCCUAUAUCUUAGCUUCCUAGAGGGGCUGUUCUUUUGCUCACCAUGUAAGGGCGUAGGUGCUAGCAUCGUUGUCCAGCAUAUAGGCUUAUGAAUUAUCAUUAUUACUUUUCAUUUCUUCAGUGCUAACCAUAUUUCUUAUUUACUGAAACACAAGCCUCUACUGGACCCUUUGGAUUAUGACCUCUUUGCAGUUAGCUUGUGUUACAAAAAUUUGACGUCUAAUCUUUGUGGGUGUUUAAUUUGUUGAAAUGUCACAAUAAGUAGGCGAGCAUUGCACUCUUAUGUGCUCUUGUAUUUUAUGUCAGGUAUUCUAACAAUUGCCAGGAUCGAUAGUCUACUUAUGAUUCUAUUUAUGCUCGAUAUUCUA